AUGGCAGUGCGGGUGCUGAGCUGGUGCCUGCUGCUGCCGGCGCUGUGGCCGCCGCCGAGCGGGGGUUACAAAGAGAACAAAACCCCACCAGCUGCCCAGCUCAUUCAUGAAGUCUGCAGUGAGCCCUGGUGGUCAACGGAGCUGAACGUGACCCGCCGCCACUGGCCCUGGGAGGUUAGCCUCCAGACAGAGAGCCAGCACGUGUGCGGAGGGGCCCUCAUUGCCUCUGUCUGGGUGGUGACUGCUGCCCACUGCAUCCAAAGUAACAAGGAGUACUCGGUGGUGCUUGGCACCUCCCAGCUGAAGUCUUUGAACUCCAGCAGGAACUUCUCGAUCCCUGUGAAGGACAUCAUUAUGCACCCCAAAUACUGGGGCCGGACCUUCAUAGUGGGUGACAUCGCCCUUCUCCGUCUUCCUACUCCCAUCAUGUUCAGCAAGUAUGUGCAGCCCGUCUGCCUCCCGGAACGCACUUUCAGCCUGAAGGUGGGGACGCAGUGCUGGGUGACUGGCUGGGGCCAGGCCAGGCUGCGCUUCUCCGCCAACUCUGUGCUGAGCCCAGAGCUGCAGGAAGCCGAAGUGUUUAUCAUGGACAACUACCGGUGCGACCGGAUUUACCGCACGCAGUCCUUCUUACCCCGAGUUAGCCACCUCAUCCAGGAAAGCAUGAUCUGCGCUACCAACUACGGAAAGAACUUGUGCAAUGGGGACUCCGGGGGACCAUUGGUUUGUGAAGUCGAGGGCAAAUGGAUUCUGGCAGGGGUGUUGUCCUGGGAGAAGGCUUGCGCCAAAGCAGAAAACCCAGGCGUGUUCUCCCGCAUGACCAAGUACGCCCCAUGGAUCAAGAAGCAGCUGAAGAGUGACGUGCUCUCAGCUCCCAGCUGUGCCUUCUCCUGGCUCCUGAUCCCAUCCUGGCUGCUUCUCCACACCCUCCCCUUCACACUCUGCCUCUGCUGAAUGGCACCUGGGGAGGUUUGGCCAAGGCCAUGUACGUGUUCAGCUUCAGUAAGUCAGGCUAGGGCUGGAGUGCCCCAGGAGACCUGCUUGUACUUUGGCAUCCCGGCAUGGACAGGUGUGGUAGAUGUUGAGGCCAGGGAUGAGCAGAAGAAAGGGAGAAUCAGUGAGUUGGGGCUUUCUGGACUCUGGGGCCAGAAUAGUAGAGAUUAAAUUUGUGUAGAUAGGAGCUGGGGUUUUUUUUUCUUUUCUUUUUUUUUUUUCUGUUGUUGUUGUUGUUUUUCUGUUCUCUAGAAUGGUCCACAGGGAUGGGGGGGUCAUGGAAUUAGUUCUGCCAGCAGGAUCCACAGGGUGGGGGUGUGGUGUUCUUCGCUUUUUCUCUAGUGCUGAGGCAGAAGAAAGGGGUCCAAGUUGCUUCAUCUAUAAAGUGAGGGUCCUUAGAGAGGCAGUCAAAAAUGCUCUGCAGGCGGACAGUGGGACAGCCCGGCACGCCGC